UGAGCGAUUGGCCCGUGUGGCUAAAGCAACGGAGAACGCCGGGUUGCCGGUCUCUCCCAUGCGCGGCGGCGGCGGUGAGUAGUGUGAUUUAUUGGGGAGCAGAGCGAAUUGUGACGUGAUAUCUCGCAAUUUGCUAGCCGAUUCUCGCAACAUCGCGGCAUCGGUGAAUCUCGCCUGGCUGUCAGCUACGUCUCGACGACUACCGAGUUUCCCGAAAUCCGAGGGACAACGUCGACAUGGAGGAGAGAAUACUGCAGAUGCUCGAGGAUGUCGGGUACACAGGACCACUGCUCGAGGCUGACAAGUUGUCACAGGCUUUGAAGCUUGGCGCAAAGUCGACGGAUUUUACCGGCCUUGUAGCCUGGUUUGCCGAGCAACUGGGAACAUUUAUCAAUAUAGAUGAGACUGUUCAUGUGACAACAAGUGCAGACGAUGCCAGUUCCUUUCUCUUAGAGUUAAGUUUUCUCCUCAAGGAAAUAGGGUGUGUAAAUGAGAAACUAAUGACUGGAAACGUAAAUCAAAGACUGGCAAGUGAGUCUGAAAGGGCUAUCUUGAUAGAAUUCUUAGCAGCUGAACUUAUGGCUAGUAAAUUAAUAGAGGUUAAAUAUCCCAAGGAAGAGAAACAGUUGGAAGUCACCAUUGAUGAGAGUGACACAGCAAGGAAUUUGAAAAAUAUGUUGGUGACACUAAAGUUUCAAAAGCCACCCAACAAUAUUUCACCUGAACAAUUGUUCUCCAGAGUAGAAACUAAAUUGUCAGAAGUACUAAAGUCUUUACCACCUGAGUUUCUAGGUAAACCUCUCAUUGACGUAGAGCUCUCUACUAAACAAUGGGAGAAGCUGAGUGAGUUACAGGAGGAAAUGCAAAAGGAGUUUACAAUUCGUCGUGAAAUGUUGCUCAAGCGUCUCGAUGUCACGGUUCAAUCGUUUCUGUGGUCAGACAGAAUAAAGCCACAGGAGUUUGAGGUGAAUUCCAGAUACGAAGAAAGAAGGAAAACCAUGAAGAACGAGUCGAAGGUGAUGAUGGCCGACUUACUGGCGGCGAGAGACGAUUUGGCGGUGAUUGAGAAAACUAGCAACGCGAGCGUUCGCAAGAAUACGCGGAGCAAAAUCAACAGUGUUAUCAUCGGAGCAGUGCCGGACAGAGGUGGAAGACCUUAUGAGCAAGAACCACCUCCACCAGAGAUGCCUCCAUGGCAAAAGGACAGGGUUCAGGGACCACAAUCGUUCCGUGGCGGGAGAGGAGGCGCUGUUGGUGGUGGUGGUGGCAGAGGAGGAGGAGGAGGUGGUAGAGGAGGCGGAGGCGGUGGUGGCUAUCGUGAUCACAAAGAUGCUACCAGCAAUUUCGGCCAGAACAUGGACUAUCAGCAGUCUCAGUACUCUGGACACGGCCAUAGAGAAUGUUAUCCAGAUCACAGAAACGACGGAGGAUAUCAGCGGGGUAGCGGCGGCGGCGGCGGCGGCGGCGGCGGUGGUGGUGGUGGUGGUGGUGGUGGUGGUGGUGGCAGAGCUGGAGGUUAUCGCGGAGAUUCCGGCGGUCAAAAUUACAAUCAAAAUUACAGCCAGAAUUACAAUCAGAAUUAUGGCCAGAAUUAUGAUUAUCAACAACCGCAUUAUUCUGGUCAGAGGGAUUCUUACGGGAAUGACAAUCGUGGUGGCGGAAACUACUAUAACGAUAGAAGAGAAGGAGGAGGAGGAGGAGGAGGUAGAGGCGGUAGAGUUCAAAGCGGCUGGAACGCUAACAAUUCUGGUUCUAACUAUCAACGCGGCGGCUAUAACAGAGGCAGAGGCCGAGGACAAUACUGAAAAGACAUCACUAUAUUUUUUAUGCUAGUAUGGAUGCUUAUAACGCGCGGAGAAUUGUCACGAUAUCAGGUGACACCGAUAAUCGCUAUUAUAUUUACGCUUACGUAUCCGUACAUGUAACACACACACACACACACAUACGCACGUGCAGACCAAGUCUGGUGUCAAAAUAUCUCAAUUUGAAGAUAUUUAAGUACAAUUUCAGAUAAUACUCUUGAAAUGCGUAUGUUGAGCCGAAGCCGAAUUGAUAGUCCAAAAUUGUAAUGUCGCAUUAAGAUAGGCAAUACAUUAUUUAUAUUUGAUCUCGCAUCUCAAAGUCUCAUUUUUGUAGCAACUUAAUCUCCUCAUUCGAUCGAGCUAUCCGUCUGUACAUAUAUAUAUAUAUAUAUAUAUCAUUAUUCUCGUUUUACACGAAUCAAAUUUAAGAGAAAUACAAUGUGUAAAUAUGUAUUUGCUCAUCCGCUAGGAGCGCAUUAGAUGAUUCAAAUUUAUUUAUAACGUGAGGAGCGAAGACUGUAAAUCAAGAAUACUGAAUUAUACACUAAAUAUGUGUGUAUCCAAGAUUAAGUGCUAAAUGAUUAAUAUAAUGUGCUUGUAUAUGCAUAAUACAAAAUCCUUAAACAUUGA